CUCUCCUCCAAACCCCGGCGCCACAGUUCCUUCGACCAUUCCUGGCAAAUUCUAUCAGCAAACAAAAAAGUGAAUUUAUGAUAUUUAUUCAUCUUCUUCAUCCUUUCAAUUCAAUGGCAAGUAGUACUACUAUUCAGCACCCAUUUUGAUUCUUGUUCCUCACUCCCUUAACUAAUUACAACAGCAUGAUUCUUUGGUUUUCUCUACUUCUCAAAAUAAAUUAGGGGCUUCAACUUCAAGUUCUUUCUUGGAAAAAAUUUGUUCCCUUUUCCACAAAUUACAAUUAAGAAUAGAAUAAUAGCUUGAGAUGUAAAAUGGGUAUAGAGAAAAUGAUAAAUAAUUUAUGUUUGCUUAAUUUUUCCGGGUCGUGGGUGGUUUGUAGUUUUGAGCUAGCAGAUGUUGUAUAGCAUUAGUAGUGCACAACUUUUCAUACCCACAUGCAUAUUUCUUGAAAAAGAUCGUUUUUUUCAUAUCCAUAUGCAUAUUUCUUAAAAAAAUCAAUUUUUUCAUAAUAUCCAUAUGCAUAUUUCUUAAGAAAAAUCAAUUUUUUUCAUACCCAUAUGCAUAUUUCUUGAGAAAAAUCAUUUUUUUACUCCUAAAUGAGCCAAAGAACCUUUCUUUUGAAGUCUUUGUCGAUAUUUAAAGCACAGUGUCAAUAUUCAAACAGUUUUUCAUCCAUUAGUUACAAGUCUUUUGACCUCAAGACUUGCAUUGUAUCACUUCAAUCAUGUGCCAAUGACAAGAACCUCACAGGAGGGAAACAAGUCCAUUGCCAUAUGCUUAGAUUUGGCCAUUUAAAUUUAUCUCCACUGCCUACUACUAGCCUAAUUAACAUGUACUCGAAAUGCAACUCGUUAUCGUAUGCAUUAUCUGUGUUCUAUGCUUCACCACUUGGUCAUAAUGUGUUUGCUUAUAAUGCUAUUAUAGCAGGGUUGAUUGCUAAUGACUUGAAUAAAAGAGCUUUUGAAUUCUAUUGCCAAAUGAGGGUAGUAGAUAUCGUGCCUGAUAAGUUCACUUUCCCUUGUGUGCUUAAGGCUUGUUGUAAUGUAGUAGAUGUGAAAAAGAUUCAUGGGUUAGUUUUUAAACUUGGGUUAGAAGUUGAUUUGUUCAUUGGCAGUGCUUUGUUGCAUAGUUAUUUGAUAUAUGGGAUGGUAGAUUUUGCAUUAGAUGUGUUUGAGGAGUUGCUGGAGAGGGAUGAUGUUGUGCUUUGGAAUGCGAUGAUCAAUGGCUAUGCUCAGACGGGUGAGUUUAAUAGUGCUUUGAUGGUGUUUAGGUGGAUGAUUGAGGAUGGGGUUGUUCCCAACAGGUUUACUAUAACGGGUGUACUUUCUGCUCUGGCAAAUUAUGGGGAAGUUUAUAAUGGAAAGGUGAUUCACGGGUUUGUGAUAAAGAAGGGGUUUGAUUUGGGGGUUGCCAUUUCGAAUGCACUAAUUGACAUGUAUGGUAAAUGUCGCUGUGUUACUGAAGCUCUGGAGGUUUUUGAGACGAUGGUGGAGAGGGAUAUAUUUUCUUGGAACUCGGUAAUUUGUGUGCAUGAACAAUGUGGUGAUCACGAUGGAACGUUGAGGCUUUUCAAAAGGAUGUUGUCUGCUGGAGUUCGUCCGGAUUUGGUGACUGUCACUACCACUCUUCCUGCUUGUGCUCAUUUAGCGGCAUUAAGGCACGGUAGGGAGAUUCAUGCAUACAUGAUUGUUAAUGGAGUGAGGAAAGACGCUGAUUACAGAGAAUACGACGAUACUUACAUUGAUAAUGCAAUUUUGGACAUGUAUGCAAAAUGUGGAAGCAUGCGUGAAGCUCAACUGAUCUGUGAUAUGAUGAAUUACAAAGAUGUCGCAUCAUGGAACAUUAUGAUUAAGGGGUACGGCAUGCAUGGAUUCGGCAUCAAGGCACUAGAAUUGUUUUCUGAUAUGUGUAAGGCAGAAUUGAGGCCUGAUGAUGUCACAUUCGUUGGUGUGUUGUCAGCUUGUAGCCAUUCUGGCCUAAUAAAACAGGGGAAAGAAUUUCUUGCACAAAUGCAGCCGAAGUAUGGCGUUGUGCCUUCUAUUGAACAUUAUACCUCCGUGAUUGACAUGCUAGGUCGUGCCGGGCAGCUUGAAGCUGCUUAUGAGUUGUUAUUAGCGAUGCCCAUUAAGGCCAAUUCUGUUGUAUGGAGGGCAUUCUUGGCUGCCUGCCGUCUCCAUGGUAAUUCUGAUCUAGCUGAGGUCGCUGCAAAACAGGUACUUGACCUUGAACCAGAACAUUGUGGAAGUUAUGUCAUAUUAUCAAAUAUUUAUGGACAGACUGGUCGCUAUGAAGAGGUAUUAGAGGUAAGAGACACAAUGAGGCUUCAAAAUGUACGGAAGACACCUGGUUGCAGCUGGAUUGAACUUAAUAAUGGUGUUCAUGUCUUUAUUACUGCUGAUAAGUCUCAUCCUGAAGGGAACCUUAUUUAUGCUGGAUUGAAUUCCUUAACUGCUCGAUUGCGUGAGCAUGGUUAUACACCAGAAUCAGAUGCCUUGGAGAGCAGUCCAUGAAAUUCCGGACAUAUUCUCCUUCAUCCUAGAUGAGAUUCUUGAAGCACUGACUGAAAUGUGGUUAUUAUAAUAUCUCUUUGGAAAAUCCUAGUCGGUGUGUAAGUUCGAUUUGCUGCUCAUGGAAACCGACGUCUAUGUAUGCUGAGCUGAUGCAGUGAAAGGAGCCGAGUUAUCCGUGUUUUUUCAAACCUUCCAUCGAAAAGAUUCGAUGGGAUCGACAAUGGUUACUGGUGAAUUCCAGAAGCAGAGCCUACACUCAAAAGAGUUUAGCUCAAAGCUCGCUCUUGUUGAUUGGAAUUACCAAAUUAUGCAGUUUCUGAGGGAUAGAAACCGAAUAACAACUCAUAAUUUUCUGCAACUUACGUGGAAACGGCAGCAUGAAAGUCCAGGUCUGGUUGUUUUAUCAGUUGGUUGAGCUGUGAAAUUCAAAAAUCUGUCCAUCACUACUGAAGAACAUUUCUCUCCUAUGGAAAUCCUUGUUUCCAGUUUGCUAUUGUAAAAUGCCACCCUCAAUAAGUUGAAUAUACUCAACAAUUGUGAUGCACUACUAGCAUAUUCGGUCUGACUAAUUAUAGAUUUCUAUGGUGUUACUUA